AACCCGCUGUUACCCUGUAAAGGGACGCAACUGCGUAUUAUGGCUGCUUGAGGAUAUGGAAACAUUGAUGUGGCGACUUGGCAAACAUUCAGAUUAUGCAUCAUGGAUUGAUUCUUUUGAGACAAAUAUUUAGUUUUAAAUUUCCUUGUGUAUUUAACUGUCGACAGAUGUGGUGGAAAGUUCAAGCACAAAGCUUGUUUACGAGGCUGAAUUCCUUAAACAGGUCCAGGAAAGUUAUCCUAGUAUUACUUGUUUUAUGUGUUUUUCUAUACUACAUUUUGAGCUCAUGGUUUACCACAGAGAAGCCGACAAUUGUACCAGAUAAUCUUGAAUUUUGUCUACAAGAAAAAGUAGAAAGGUUUUCAGACUCCAUCAACAGAUAUGAUGUGUUUUUAAAUCAGGAAAACCAAGAAAAAACAUUUCCCCCAUAUGUUGGAAAUGGAAAAUUGGCAGCUUCAAUAGACAGUGACUAUGGGCUGUUUAUCAGACUCAAUCGAGCACUCUCCUUAUCUGUAAAAUACUACCCAGUGGUGUCCACAAAAAUCAUCAACAGCAAAGCAAGAGAGGCUACAUUAUUGAACAUUAGAGAUGGAAUUGCUUACAGGCUCCAGACAGUUCAAACAGGAGGUUGGAGGAGCAAGUGUAACUAUGUGGAGAGUCGGUUAUAUGCCCACAGAGCCCGGCCCUCCGUGUUAGUCCAGGAUAUUCGCAUUUCCAACCCUAGUAAAAGACCAUUGUUCCUUGAAUUUGAACCAGCUGGCCAAUUCAAUUGGAAAAACUCCAAAACUUCUCCUAAGACAGAAACAGUGGGAGGUAAAUCUAUCAGCUAUGAGGUGACGGAGGGGGAGGUAGAUCUACCAGACAACAAAUACCACGUCUACGCUGUUGUCGCAUCCAUCAGACUGCCCAAAAAUACAUUCUCCCUCAAGGCUGGAGAGACCAAACAGUAUCAAGUGUUGACUGUUGUUAACUACACAAAACCAUAUGAGAAAAAACCAGAAAAAUUGACGUCAGUGAUGUCAUCCGGGGUAGAGAAGGAAUUAAAAGAUAUUGUGAAUAUUGGAGCUUCAGCCUUGCAAGCUGAACAUGUGAAAGUUUGGAAUAAGAUGUGGCAGAGUGGAUUUGGAAUCAGCCAUUCUAAGGCCCAGGGAGCACUGAAUGCUGAUAAGAUUAACACUACUAUUUAUUAUGUACUUAGUAAUGUCCCAGCCCCACUGUAUGACUUACAAGUCACUCCAACAGAGAGGACUAAAAUCCAGCAGGUGCUUCAUUACCCUGACAGGUGCUACAAUGGACACUCUACACUGCUGGCUAACACACUGUGGGCGGAUGUGACAGAUGAGGAUGAUAUUGCCCGUGUGUCCACCACUUGGAUGAUCACUCUGGAGAAAAUGGGCUGUGAUUUCAUGGUCAGAUCAGGUGCAGAAGGAGUUCUUCAGGCGAUGCUGUUGAGUAUGGGGGCGCUGAGAUUUGGGGACAGUCACCUGGAGUUUAAGAUGGAACCCAAGGAUCUCCACAGGGACCUUUUUUUCCACCGAAUCAAUUACGGCAAUAACACACAUCUUAAUAUAUCUGUGAUAGUCGGGGAGGACAAUAAAGCAAAUAUCUACGCUGCUUUGGAUCGCAAUGAUCGGCCAUAUUACGCCUGUGAUGCAGGGUGCAUAGAUGCCCCUAUGCAAUUAUCGAGAAAGGUGCAGCAGUUUCCUGUGAAGUUAACAGAGCCGUUGACAGCCAUACUUUACAUCACGGCUGACAAAGUCCACAUGGAGGAGCUGAAACAUGUCCUCCAUCUACAGUCCAUCAAAGAAGCUCCCCCACACGAGCACCAUGUGAUAGCCCUACACAAACACGGCCACCAUUUUGGAGGCCUGCCUCUGAUAUUCUGGAUCUCAUUAGCAUUCCUUGUCAUCAUUUUCCAUCUGUUCCUGGUCAAGUUAAUUAUUAACGAGUAUUGCCAAGGCCAGGAGAGAUUUACUAACAGACGUAAAGGCUACAACGUGUGAGAUGGACUCUGGAGAUUUGUUAUAUACCCUCUGUGUCUUUCCAUCAUUUUACAAGGAGAAUAGACAAUCUAAAAAAUCUAAAAUAUUCAUAUCAUUUCAAUGGUGGGUUUAAUUUUUUGGUGUUCAAACUUCAUUUGUGAAAAUAUGCGACUUUAAGGUGAUUAAGCUAUGGUAUAUGUUAUAUGUAUGAUGUUCUUUAGUAUCAUUUUAUUGUCUUUGCUAUAUGCAUUUGUAUAAUCCUUGAAUUUGCAAUACAUGUACCGGUAUGCAUAUAUCUUAUUUAACGAAAGAAAUUAAAAAAUAAUAAGAAGGUAAAAAGUUAUUCACAGUGCAAUGUGUUACAAAAAAUCAUAUACCUUAUAAGCAGAAUUUUUUGUGUCGAUUUAGUUUUGGCAUUAUAAGCAAGGGUGCUGAGAUCGCUAAAAUUAAUCUUUGAUGUAACAUGCAUACAAUAUAAUAACUUAAAUAUUGAUUUUCAAAAUACAUGUAUUUGAAUUCAUUAUGGUUUGUGCCUUUUAAGAUUGAAUUUGUUCAUUUCUGAAGAAGGGAGAAGAUAUAUAGUGCUUUUAUUUAUUUGUUUAUCUGCAAUUUUGUUCAAGAUGUUUGGUGUGCAUGGAAGAGAAAGAUUGGAAAAUCGAGCUUUUAACUGGCAGCUCCAUUUUGUUCUUCAGUUCAUGUUUGUUUUGUCUCUAUGUUUUUUGUUUUCUGUAUUCUAGUGUAUAAUUAAGAUUUACUUGUCAAUCAUUCUGAAUUCCACGUAUGUUUUUUUCUACAUUUCACGCCAUAAUAAUUAGUUUAUUAUUAUUCACUGUAGAUAUCAAAUGUGAUUUCUAUAUGUAAGUAUUCUGUAAGAUGGUAUUUUGUUAAAUCUCUUUUGUUUUGAAAAGUGUAUGUCUCAGAAAAUGUAGUUUUAUUCAUAAUUGGUAGCACAACUAUUUCUGUGUGCAUAUAAACCUUAAAUUCAUAAUCAGGUUAGGAAUACAAGAGUACUAAGACCAAACCACAUUUUUGGCAUGUUAGAGCUAUAUAAGAAAGGUCAACUAAAUUAGCUUUCCUUUUGUAAUGAAUUAACUAUUUAGAUGACAAUACUUGUGUUGCAAUGCAAUUUCUUUUAAUGCAUAUUUACUGGCCAGUGGUACAUAAGAUUCUUUUACAAUGUUAACUAAAAUAGUUUUUCAAGCUGUGUAAGUGAAAUAUUUAUGUUAUGACAAUAUAUUGUUUAUAUUUUAUGUACGAGUUGUAAUACAUGUAAGUCAAAUUGUUUAAUGUAGUCUGAAAUGUACAUUUGAGAGAUUUUAACCUGCUUGUAUGUAGAAACAUUGUUUAUGUAAUAUGAAGUAUAUGUGCAAAUGAUGGUUUGAAUGUGUUGGCGAUUACACUGUUUAAUUGCUGAAGAUAUAGGUUUUGUACACAUUUCUGUAAAUGCACUGUGUACCGUGGGUACAUGUAUGCUGUAUGCAUGCAGAUGUAUACUUGUAUAUAAACAGAUUUGAGGGUUUGCAUUUUAUAUGCAUAUCUAAAACAGUUUUAAAGUUUUCAAUAGCAGAAAUGGAUACAGUAAAACAAGUUUAUAGUAAAGUAGAGGGACAAACUACAUGUAGUUUGAAUGGCAUAAUAUUAUGUGACAAUUGAGUUUAUGUACCAGAAAUGCAGAUGAGUAAAUCGUUUUGAGUUUGCUGCAAGUGGGAAAUCAUAAAAAGCCUGUUCAUUAUAACCAUGUUUUACUGUGUACAUUGUUUUACUGUGUACAUUUGAAGUUAAUAAAUAUUAUUAAAAGUUAAUAAAUAAAACCUUCAGCAA